UAGUCUGCUCACCGCAACAGCAGACUGUUAUCGUCACCGAGAGACGUGUCAACUGGAAACGGCAAUAGGCCUACAGAUAGUCCUAGUUUCAAUUGUAUAAAUAGUGAUUUUAUAUUUCUUUACAUUCCUGCUCAAUGGAGAACUCCACAGAUGAAAUUCCAAUAUACAACCCAGAUCUUCUGAAACAGCUUGAUUAUGCAGCAUUGACAAAUUUAAAGUAUUCAACGCCGAGAUCACCGCAGAAUCCAGGAAAUUCAUUGAUUAUGAGACCGUUAUGUGCAGCCGACUAUCAUAAAGGAUUCAUUGAACUUUUAAGACAGUUGACAUCUGUAGGUGAUGUGACUCCGGAACAAUUUAUGGACCAUUUUCAGCAGAUGAAGUCAUGCAAUGGUACUUACUAUAUAACUGUAAUAGAGGAUAUAUCAAUUAGUAAAAUAGUCGCAGCUGCAACAUUGGUAGUAGAAAGAAAAUACAUACAUGCUUGUGCUACACGAGGAAUGAUUGAAGAGGUCGUAGUUGAUUCAGGGUACAGAGGUCAACAACUGGGCAAACUAUUGAUGGACACAUUGACAUUGCUUAGUAAACACACGCUGGGCUGCUAUAAAACAACACUUCAAUGUACUGAAGAAAAUAUACCUUUCUAUGAAAAGUUUGGCUUCAAGAAAGAUCCACAAGUUUACAUGCAACAUAGGCAUAAACCUUAAUACAUAUUUAAUAGGUUUAUUUAAUUUUGUUUUUUUCCUUAAAUUUAGUUAUUUAUCAUCAUAUAAAAUUUAACGCUUUCAAUCGAGUGGAUGUGAGCUUGUGGGGGGGGGGGAGAGAGAGAGGCUACCUACCACUUUUACUACUUAACUUAUGAAGCUUUAUACUGUACAAUACUAUGUGGACAGAGAUUAAUAGGAAAUCCAGGCCUGUUAGUUGAAUUAUUCUCUCCUCCAAGCAACUAGAAGUAGUUGACAUAAUUCUCCUUUGUACCGAAGAAUUUAAGGGAUGGUGUCAUAAUUAAUGUUGAAAUAUUGAAUCCCGACACGAUGGUGUGCAUUUCGAUACUUGGACUAUGCAUUAUACUAUCUUUUAAGGUGAAACAUUGCAUAAUUUUGGUUUACUUUCUGGAUUAAAGAAAAUAUGUAUUUUUGUUCCUUGCCAUCCCCAAUCUGCCUAAUUGCUUUAGAUUUCAAAAAUAUUUUAAGGUAUCAGUUUCAUUGGGGAUCAAAUAUAUACAAAUCCCCUCAGACUAUCACACAGGUCAAGGGUCAGAAUAUUUGUAUUUUUUCCUGAAUAUUAUAUAAUGGUGGGCCUGCUGACAAGUACAUGUUGUGUAAUUAUAAAUAUCUGCAUUUUAAUUCAUGAUAAUAGAUACAAAUAAUGAUAUGAAUAAUUAAUUUUAAAUUUUACCUCUAUUUUUUGUUUAAGAGUGUUCAAAUUUAACUUCACAGCAAUAAGGGACUACGGUAUUUUGUAGUAACAUAUUUAUUCUGUAUCUGAUGUACUGUAUAUUUAUAAAUAUCUGUCAAAGCCUUUAAAUAUUUUGAUAAUUGUUUGUAGGUAUAUUAUGAAACUUCAAAUUGAAGAUAUUUAUAUCAUUUAUUCUUUAGACACUUUAUAACAUUUUAAUGCUUAACUGGCCUAUGUUAGGUCAAGCUACUUUGAUUUUAAAAUUGACUCAAUAAAAUGUAUUUUAGUGGUAAAGUUUA